AGUACAGACGUGGGCUCUUGAGAGCUGGCACAUGUCUGAAUUCCUCCUUGCACCUGCUUCCAGUCGCUGCCGGCCUCUCCGGCUCCGGGGCACGAGAGGUGCAGCCGGAGCGCGGGGGCUGGGCUGCCGUGGACUCUGUCUCUUCUAGCCGAAUGAUUUUCAUAUGAUUGCGUAAGUUGGUUUGAACUGGAAGCACUUUUCGGAGGCUCUGAUGCCCGUACUGUGCCUGCCAAUUAAAGCCCUGGCAUCCGUUCGUUCCGCGUCUGGGGGUGUCUCUUCCCCGUCCCCUCCCGGCAUUAUUGGCAGAGGGCGAUGUGGGUCUUGGCGCUGUGCCCAGCGGGGUGAGGAGGGUGGCAGCUGUGAAUCGGAGCAGGUCUCUGAGAACAGCCAGAGGCUGGAGUUCACAGCUGCAGGCAGUCACAACACGGCGCAUCCCGGACAGGCUGUCUGCAGCCAGCCAGCUGUUCCAGCACUGCGGGACUCAGCUCUGCCCUCCGAGCUCUGGGGGCUCCAUGCCGGUGGAGUUUGGCUUGAGGUUCAUGGCCAAGAUACCCUUUUGUGGGUCUUAAAUGAGCAACUGCAGGGGCCUGGCUUUGGAUGCCCCUGGACCAAUCGCUUCUUCCCUCCAGUUCGAUCCCAGAGGACUGGAGAAGGCUUUGACAUUUGCCAUCUUUAGGAAGGGGACCAAUGAAGUGCCAGGGCACUACACGGGGGAGGGAUAGCUCAGUGGUUUGAGCAUUGGCCUGCUAAACCCAGGGUUGUGAGUUCAAUCCUUGAGGGGGCCAUUUAGGGAUCUGGGCCAAAAAUUGGGGAUUGGCCCUGCUUUGAGCAGGGGGUUGGACUAGAUACCUCCUGAGGUCCCUUCCAACCCUGAUAUUCUGUGAUACAGGCCAGUCAGCCCAACUUCGAUCCCUGGAAAGGGAUUGGAACAAAUGACUAAACAAUGCAUGUGUAAGCACCUGGUGGGUAACAAGGACUAGCCAGCAUGGAUUUGCCAAACCAGCUGAAUUUCCUUCUUUGGCAGGGUCGCUGGCCGAGUGGAUGGGGGAAGCAGCAGCUGGGCCAUCUCUCCGUUUUCGCCAGGCUUUGGUGGCUCCAAGGGGAGGAGUGGAAGCUCCUUGGCUGGGGCGCUGGUGUUAAUGGGGGUUUGGAUGAAAUGGUGGAGAGCACAUGGAGCGAUCGUGCUCUGGCCCUGCCCCAUGGGGAAGGAUCAGGCUGAGCCCAGGGGUCUCUGCUGGCCCCAAUUCCUACCUAUCAACCCCUCACCCCACUGCUAACCAUGGCUGCCUGAGGCUGUUACAGCCCUAAGUCCGUGUCCUGGGCCGAGGUGAGGCCAUUUGUCACCUCCUGCGAACAGCCUGCCCCUGCCCCGCCACACCCCUCCCCUGCUUGGGGCCUCAGCCAUGCCCUCUCUGCUGAAAUCUUAUCUCAGCUUGCUGAGAGUGAAGGCAAAAGGGAAGCUCUGCUGGGGGUGGAGGAGGGAUGGGGGAGAGCCCAGCCUUGGGAUAAGAAAGUAGACAAAAUAGCAGAGCCCACAGCCCAUGGGCUGUCUGCGGGAAGCAGGCGUCGCAGCUGCAUUGGAUGCUCAGUCUCCGAGCCAGAGCCAGUGAUGGAGAAAACCGUGGUGCUCAUUACAGGCUGCUCCUCGGGGAUCGGCCUGGGGCUGGCUGUGCGCCUGGCCUCGGACGCCUCCCGCAGGUUUAAAGGUACUCCCUGGGCUCGUAGAGCCGUGAGCUGGAGCCAGUCCUGACCCCCACGGCUGGUGCGCUCCCGUGCAAUGGGCGGACGAGGGGCCGGCAGAUACAUGUUCCUCAGCUGGGAAGGAGGUGGGCUCCUCAGCCCCAGGGGACGGGAGUAGUAGCUGUGGGCUGGAGAUGGGGAUGCUGUGGGGCCGGGCAUGGUGGGGCCGACGGGAUACACGCGCCUUUAAAGGUAAUGGCGUACAGGCCCCCUAAGAGAGAAAGCGAUGGGGCAGCCAGGCUAAUCCCUUCCAAGCAGUCUCAGCAGAAUAAACUCCCUGGGGCCAGAGGGGCAGAUGGGAGGAGAAGAGCAAAUGGUCCUGGGCAGGUCGCAGCCUGGGGGAGAAGAGGUGACUUGGAGCCAUGUAGUGUCAGGCAGCACAAGGGGUGUCUAGUCCCAGCACAUGCCCGGUGGUGAGCUGGCUGGGGUCCUGAGCACUUGUGGGGCAGCAGCUGCUCCUGGUCCAUGCAGAUGGGGCUCCCUAGAGAUCUGCUGCAUCCCAGGAGGUGGGGAAACCGAGUCACUCGCUCUGCUCCUGCGUGGCCCUGGAGGGAGUUAGCCCCUUGAGGCCAGCAGAUGGGUUGAACUGGCCAGGAUGAGCCUUCGGUCUGAGGGGAGCAUGGGCCCAAGGUAUCUCCUGGGGGGGGACGUUCAGAAGACACUUGCAUGGUGCAAUCCACAGCAGAGCCUUUGUCCUUUGGAUUUGCUGGAGCCGCCCAUAUCAGGAGGGUCUUUACUCACCAGAGUGGGGGGCCUCCCCUGGAGGCAGAGAAGAUCCCCCGCCAACUGCCCAGUGGCUGGGGGGGAUUGCAAGCAGCCCCCACCCCAAAGCCGGGCACUUGUUCUCUCCUAGUCUACGCCACCAUGCGCAACCUGGCCAAGAAGGAGCGGCUGCUGGAGUGCGUGCGGGGCUGCCACGCCAGCACCCUGGAGAUCCUGCAGCUGGAUGUCACCGACCCGCUCUCGCUCGCCGCAGCCGCGCAGCAGGUGCCGGAGCAGCGUGUCGACGUGCUGGUGUGCAAUGCAGGGGUGGGGCUGAUGGGCCCCCUGGAGACCUGCUCCUACCAGGCCAUGAAGACCAUCUUCGAUGUGAACGUGUUUGGGACCAUUGGCACCAUCCAGGCCUUUCUGCCCGGCAUGAAGCGCCGCAAGGCCGGCAAGAUAAUCAUUUCUAGCAGUGUGGGGGCGCUGCAAGGGAUCCCCUUCAAUGCCGUGUACUGCGCCAGCAAGUUUGCCGUGGAAGGUCUGUGUGAGAGCCUGGCUGUGAUCCUGCAGCCGUUCAACGUGCACAUCACGCUGAUCGAGUGCGGCCCAGUCAAUACGAGCUUCCUGGCCAACCUGCAGAGCACGGUCACCGAGGGCAGCGUGCUGCAAGGCCUGGACCCGCAGACCUGUGCCCUGUACAGCCAGUACCUCCAGCAUUGCCAGAGCCUCUUCCGCGACGUGGCCCAAGACACCGAGGAGGUCCUGCAGGUGUUCUUGGAAGCCAUCUGCACCCCCUGCCCCCCGCUGCGCUCUUUCACCACCCAGUUCUUCAUGCCGCUCACCCGGCUCAAGCUGACAAGCCCUGACGGCUCAGAGUACGUCCGCGCCAUGCACAAGUUCGUGUUCUCUGCGGGCGAGGCCCAGGGCGACCGGGCGUGAGGGGGAGCAGCAUGGCCGUCCCAGAGCGAGGAGGGGUUCGGAGUGAAGCAGCCCUCACCUUGCCCUGAGUUUGUACAGGUGGGCUGUGCUCCCCCCCAGUGGGGACAUGACCCUGCCAGGGGGCCCCAAUAAACUUGUCUGCUCCC